AUGGGGAAGCAGAACAGUAAGCUACGUCCUGAGGUCAUGCAGGAUUUACUAGAAAGCACGGACUUUACGGAGCAUGAGAUCCAGGAGUGGUACAAAGGCUUCUUGAGAGACUGUCCUAGCGGGCAUUUAACAAUGGAGGAGUUUAAAAAGAUAUAUGGGAAUUUUUUCCCUUACGGGGACGCUUCCAAGUUCGCAGAACAUGUAUUCCGCACUUUUGAUGCUAAUGGAGAUGGGACAAUUGACUUUAGAGAAUUUAUUAUAGCAUUGAGCGUAACAUCCCGGGGAAAGCUGGAGCAGAAGCUGAAGUGGGCAUUCAGUAUGUAUGAUCUGGAUGGCAAUGGUUAUAUCAGCAAAGCGGAGAUGCUGGAAAUAGUACAGGCAAUUUACAAGAUGGUCUCCUCCGUAAUGAAAAUGCCAGAAGACGAGUCAACGCCUGAGAAGAGAACAGAGAAAAUCUUCCGACAAAUGGACACCAAUCGAGAUGGAAAACUGUCGCUGGAGGAGUUUAUCAGGGGAGCAAAAAGUGACCCAUCUAUCGUCCGCCUACUUCAGUGUGACCCAAGCAGUGCCGGACAAUUCUGA